AGUUGCUGUUGAAGGCAUGUUAAACACUAACAGAAACCCAGAGUUUGUUUCUAGUGGCAGAAGUUUAAGUGGAGAGAGUGCUACAUCAGAGAGCGAGUUCGCCUUAGCAGGUGAUGACAGUGGUGUGUCGGUGAACUCAACUAGGAGUGCACCUGCACUCCUGGCCAUGGCCCAACCUGCAGAUGCAAUUGGUGUCAAGACUGAAGAAGAAAACCAAGAUUUACCGCAUUUUUCUCUUCAAAAGAAAAAGACUAAAGGAAAAGGACAAAAUAAAGAGGAAGAGACUAGUAAUCAGAAACAACUGAAAAGGCCUUCCCAUAGCAAACGCCAGAAUCCAAGAGGAACAGACCCAUAUUCCCCAUAUACUCCUCCCUCAGAGAGCAGCCACGAUGGUUAUCAGCAUCAAGAGAAAAUGAGACAAAAGAUCAAAGAGGUAGAGGAAAAGCAGCCAGAGGUCAAAACAGGAUUCAUUGCUUCUUUCUUAGAUUUUCUGAAAUCUGGCCCAAAGCAGCAGUUUUCCACGCUCACUGUACGCAUGCCUAAUAGGACUAAACGACCAGGGACCCAGACUGUUCGUGCACUCUGCCCACCACCACUUCCAAAGAUGACGUCAUUUGCAGCACCCUUGCCUUUAGUAUCUGAAACUGGAGGUAACAGUCCUUCAGAAAAAGUUGAUAACGAACUUAAAAACUUAGAACAUUUAUCUUCAUUUUCUUCUGAUGAAGAAGAUCCUGGAGUAUGCAGUAAUGAUAUUUAUAAAAAUAUCUCUGCUCCCUUAACUGCUUCUGAUAAAAAGAAGAAAGUUUCAGAAGCGCGACAGGUAGGAACUACUGCUAGCCCAACUGCCAGUACUACUGGUCAGACUCCUUGUUCCUCUGCCACUGUUAAGCAAGAUUCUCUCCAUUCUGCUUCAUCUGCAAUAAAUACGUUGGAGAACACAAACCCUGCAGAACCCUCAAAGUCCAUUGAACGUGAUGGUCUUCCUUCAGACCAGUUUGCAAAGGGACAAGACACUGUUGCCAUACAAGGUUUUACUGACAACGAAAAUGCAGAAAGCGGAGGAGAAGGCCAAUACAGAGAGCGUGACGAAUUUGUGGUCAAGAUAGAAGACAUAGAUACAUUUAAGGAGGCUUUAAAAACAGGAAAAGAACCUCCUGCUAUUUGGAAAGUACAAAAAGCUUUAUUACAGAAAUUUGUUCCUGAAAUUCGCGAUGGCCAGAGAGAGUUUGCUGCUACAAAUAGUUAUCUUGGAUAUUUUGGUGAUGCAAAGACUAAAUACAAAAGGAUAUAUGUGAAGUUCAUUGAAAAUGCAAACAAGAAGGAGUAUGUUAGAGUGUGUUCGAAAAAGCCAAGAAAUAAGCCUUCACAAACUAUCAGAACUGUUCAGGCUAAGCCAAGUAGUAGCAAUAAAACCUCUGAUCCUCCAACAACAAAAACUACAUCUACAAAAGUCCCUUCCACGAAACCCAAAGUUAAACAGCCCAAAGUAAAGGCUGAGCCGCCACCAAAGAAAUGGAAGAAAUGGAAAGAAGAAUUUUCAUCAUCCCAGUCUGACUCAUCUCCUGAGAUUCAUUCUAGUAGUAGUGAUGAUGAGGCUCCUGCCUGUGGCCUGGGAAAGCAGCAGAAGCUGGCCCAAGUCCUUGGGCCCCUGCAUUCACGUAGGAGACACGGAAGAAACUCCUAGCUACUGGCUUCGGAUCAGCUCAACUCUGACCAUUGCGGCUGUUUGGGAA